CUUCCGCAAAAAAUGAUCAUCAGUACUCCACUUCGUCCUAUUUAACCCCCUCGAUCUCACUCUCUCCACUCCCUCGCACAACCAACCGCUCACACGCCGCGAUCGCCGGCGAGCUUGUACGUGUCGCCGGCCUGUAGUCGUCUACUCGUCUCCCAUGGUAAGCGGCGGCAGCGGGGAGCAUCAGCCGCCGAAGCGGCGGCUGCCAGCGCCGGCCGCGGCGGCGGCGUCGUCCGAGCAGGAGAGGCAGCAGCAGCGGAAGAUGCUGAGGCUGUCGGUGCGGCAGGGCGACCAGGACGACGACGCGAUGACGGCCGGCGUGGUGCCGCCGGUCACCGUCGUCCUGGACGGCCGCUCCAUCUGCCACCGCGUCCACCUCAGCAGGCACACCGGCUACCGCAGCCUCGCCGCCGCGCUCCGCCGCAUGUUCGUCGACGAGGAUGACGACGGCGCCGGAGCCGACGGGGACCGUGGUGGUGGCCUCGACCUGUCCAAUGCCGUCCCCGGCCACCUCGUGGCGUACGAGGACAUGGAGAAUGACCUCCUCCUCGCCGGCGACCUCAGCUGGAAGGAUUUCGUGCGUGUCGUGAGGAGGAUUCGGAUCAUCCCGGUGAAGCCAUCUAGCCGGAGGAAGCCUCAAUUAACGGCGCCUUAAUCAGCUCAUUUGUAACUAAAUUAUACAACUCUACUGCUUCUCCUAGAUAUCUACUAUAGUUUCAUUCGAAAUAGUUUGUGUUUUGUCAUCAGUUGUAAUGUCGUUAAGCAAAAUCAGUUAAUCCCGUUUUACUCGAUCGAUCCUGACCUUACCGUGCUGUGUACGUUGAUCUCUCAAUCCGCGAAAAAAAUGGUAAUGUUAAUUAACCGAUUAAUU